AUGAUGUACGGAGGAGCCGGGUACGGGUAUCGAGGCCCGCAGACAGCGACGUUCGAUGCGCCGACGAAGGACGGGAAGUACAACGAAGACGCGCUGCCUGCGAUGCCGAGCUGGGACCAGGCGCAUAGCAGACACGUGCACAACGAGGAGGACGUGGAGAUGGAGAAGAUGGACCAGUAUUCCGCGCAGCAGGAGUCGCUGCUGAACAAGCAGCGGGAUAGCGGAGGGCGGUGUUACGGGCAAAGCGCACUGCAGGAUACUGCUGGCGAUCUGGGCGCGAUGCAGGCGGGGCCUUAUCACGACUACAAUGCGCAUCAGCAGUUCGUGACGUCGCCUACUACUUCGACGACAGGGCCGGGCUCGAUGUACCCGCCUACGUAUCACACGCGGCCGGCGUCGUCGGUGUAUACGGAGCAGCCUCAUGCGCCGAGUGUGGCGCCGAGCUAUCAUACUUCUGCGCCUGGCGUGAUCCAGACAUUCGAUCCGGGCCACGAGCUUGCACGAGGCACUCCACAACCCAACCCCGCACUUCCCAGAUGGCUGGAUUGGAUCACCAACACCAUCUUUCGAUCUCGCCCAAGCUCAACCAGCGCUCUUCAGCUGCUAUUGCUACAGCUCCCCUUCCAUCUCUCCUCCAAGCUGGCAUACCGCAAUCGUUCCAAGUCUCUACCAAACCUUACCCAGCACAGCGAAGGCCUCAAAAGACCAGACGAAGAGCUCCCUUUCCUCCAAGACCUCCGAGGCGGCCGGAAGCAGAGGGCACGCGAGUGGCUUCGACGCCAAACCCUCCCUUCCCCCACCGCUGCUCUCCCGGGCCUGCUCCUCGUCCUCGCCCUCUUCCUCGUCCAACUCCUCCUCCCACAUCUCCAAAACCUCUUCUUCUCGCGCCCGCCUCUCCCACCGCCCUCCUGCCCUUCACCGACCUACAACCCCUUCAUCCAAGACCUCUACUGCCGCGUCCCCUCCCAACACACCAGCUCCUCCUGGUUCAGCAAAUCCCCGCGCAGCAUGGCUCUCGCCUCCGCAGCCGAGCGGGUCGCCGCGGAAUUCGAGUACAGCAAGGAAGAUGUGAACCGCGGCGUGCAAGCCUUUAUCCAGCAAAUGGACGAAGGGCUAGGCAAGAAAGGCGCAACGAUGAGCCAGAUCCCGACGUACGUGACUGCGGUGCCUAAUGGGACGGAGAAAGGGCUGUACAUGGCUGUGGAUUUGGGAGGGACGAAUUUUAGGGUCUGCAGUAUUCAGUUGCAUGGGAAUAGCACGUUCAGCUUGACGCAGAGCAAAGUCGCGAUUCCGAAGGAGCUGAUGGUGGCGAAGACGAGUCAUGAGUUGUUCUCGUUUCUGGCGAAGCAGAUUGAGUUGUUUUUGAAGGUGCAUCAUGAGGAUCAUUAUCAGAGUCAUGCGGAGAGGAGGGCGAGCUAUAUUGGGUUCGGCGCGGCGAGGGAUGAGCAGGUGUUUAGUCUUGGGUUUACCUUCUCGUUUCCUGUGCAGCAGUAUGGGAUUAACAAGGGGACGCUGAUUCGGUGGACGAAGGGGUUUGAUAUUGGGGAUACGAUUGGGAAGGACGUUUGUGCGCUGCUGCAAAAGGAGAUUGAUGCUCUUGGUCUACCGGUUAGGGUGGCUGCGCUGGUGAAUGAUACUGUCGGCACACUCAUGGCUCGGUCGUACACCAGCCCUGGCAAGGAGGGUACACUUCUUGGUGCGAUCUUCGGCACAGGCACGAACGGCGCUUACGUCGAGAAGCUGGACAAGAUCACCAAGCUCAAGGCUCAGGCUAGUGAAGCCGGCGACAUCGACGACAGCACCGGCCAGAUGAUCGUCAACACCGAAUGGGGCAGCUUCGACAACCACAUGAGCGUGCUGCCCGACACAUCCUACGACCAAGGCCUCGAUCGUGAUUCCGUCAACCCCGGCAUCCAGAUGUUCGAGAAGCGCGUCAGCGGGAUGUUCUUAGGCGAAAUCCUCCGGCGCGCCCUCAUCGACCUGGUCAACGAUCCCACCGUACCGCUCUUCUCAGACGACGACUCCAGCCGCAACGACAUCGCGAGCACCACCACCAUUGCCCCCGACUCGUCCCUAUACAAGCAAUGGGGUCUCGACACGUCCUUCCUCUCCAUCACCUCCGGCGACACCGCCUCCGGCCUCAAAACGACCCGCCAAACCCUCGACCACGACUACGGCGUCUCCGCCCCUAGCGCCGAAGACGCCGAAGCCGUCCGUCUCAUCGCCGCCGCCAUCGGCAAGCGCGCUGCUCGCCUGUCCGCCGUCGCCAUCGCCGCUGUCGUCAUCACGACGAACAGCCUGGAAACCAGCGCGCCGGACGGGAUUGUGGAUGUCGGUGUUGAUGGCAGUUUAGUCGAGUUCUACCCCAAUUUCGAAGAGUACAUCCGCGAGGCGCUGAGGGAGGUGCCACAGAUUGGGCCGCAGGGGGAGAAGAGGAUACGGAUUGGGAUUGCGAAGGAUGGGAGCGGGGUGGGGGCGGCGUUGAUUGCGCUGGUGGCGGAUCGGAAGAUGAAGGGCACGCCGGAAUUGACCAGAGGAGGAGGGUCGUUUGGUGACUUGCUGUCGACCUUCUUUGAGGGACUGAACCGGACGAUACGCAUGAGGGUGUAA